AUGAGUGAUCUUGAGGAGAUGGACAGCGAACGGCUGAACGAGCUAGAAUCAAUUCUAUAUGCCGCGAUCCACUACAGCGAUGGAUUCGACGAGCACACUGCCAUGGAUCAGCCUGCGAAGGAAUCAACCAGCGACCAGGAUGCCAGGAGCAUGCCACCGCCUCCCCAGCAGAAGCAUCCCAUUCCCGGACAGCGUUUCGUCAGCGGAACGCGAGUGAUCAACAACAACAAGCAGAAACCACGCUACUGGACCGAUGGGUCGGCAGCUGUGGGGCAGGGGCAGGUGGUGCAGGCGGAGGAACAGCAGGCCACCACAAACAAAACAAUGCCAGCUGCUGAAGAAUGUUCCUCAUCACAACCGAUGGAUGACGAUUUGCCGAAAGACAAGAGUCUAUUGCUGUCGCCCAAGAAAGGAACGCAAAAUCAACCGAAAACAGCUAGCCAGCCACCGAAACAGCAGCAAAACCCACAGGCCAAACAACAGCAAAAUAUUCAUGGAAAACAACUGCAAAAUCAGCAGGCAAAGCCUCAGGAGCAAACAAAUUCACAACAGAAACAGCAGCAGAGUCAAAAGCCAAAGCAGCAACAAAAUCAGCAAAAGAAGUCGAUGCCAGUAGUACAAAAACCAAAACCGCAGCCAACCGCACCCACCAAAGUGAAUCACGAAGCCUACGAGGCGGAGCGUUUUGACCAGAGACUUCUAGUCGCCAUCCCACCGAACUGCCCGCCCAAGAAGCCGAAUAAGCCACAACAAAACAAGCAACAGCAGCAGCAAAACAAACAGCAGCAGAAAAAGCAACAGCAGUCGCUGCAACAUAACAAACAGCAGCAACCAGGUCCUGGACCGUUUGGCAAAGCCAACCGCAAGUUGGAGCAGAUUCAGCGUCUGGCAGAUAAGAAACAGAAAUCCAAGCAGGCUCGGUUAAAUAAAAAACAGCGAAAGCAGCAAUCUACGCCUGUGGAGUUUGUCAACCUGGCAGAAACCAGCGAAUCUUCCGAUGACGAUGAUGUGGUUCUUGUACCAAUUCCGCCAGCUCCUAUCAUCGACUUGGACACGAGCGACGGCGAGCAGACCUGCACUUCAUCUCAAUUUUUUCACGAAGAGAAUGCUAUGGACGCCACAGACGUGAAAAUGGGAUUGUCUUGUAUUGCUGAACCAGAGGGAACGAGUGUUGUUGCUAGCAGUACCACACCAUCCAUGCAUUCACCGAGCUGUUCCGUCAUCUCCAGUGAUGACUUCAUAGUUCAGAAGGAUACCACUCGCUUGUUGACAGAACGUGAGGACGCCAAUGAUGAAGAUCUGCUGGUGCUAACUGAGACGGCUAUAAGAGAAGCUAUUGGCGAAGAACCAAAAGAUAAGGAAGUUGUGGAUAAUGCAUCUGCGGAUCAAGAACACGAUCAUGCGGCUGAUACCUCGUCGGAAUAUGAAUUUGUUCCCCCUUCGCGACUGGAAGAAAUCAAGAAAAACUAUCGCGUCGACGAUCAGCAAUUCAGAGCUUUAGACGUCUACGAAAGUGAGUCCGACCUCACGGAAAGUGGCAUUUACUCAAAGGCCAAAAACAAGACCACGCCAACGAUCAUACGCAACGUAGACUCAUCAUCGAGCUCUUCCGUCGAGGAGGUAGUGGAGCCUAGUGUCCAAAAGACGAAGCGUCUGCGCAAACGAUCCUGUUCAACAAACAAUCACAGCCAAUCUGACCCAAACAACGAUGAUGGGUUGGAUGAUUCAGAUAGCGAUGAUGGCGUCCAUUCUACUGGAGUUCCUGGCAUAGCUCGUGGUAUGGCAGUGGAGCGUUGUAAGCGCAAGAUCCGUAGAAUCAGUACCAGACAUAACUCUGAUGACAAUUCGAAGAAGGCGGUUACACGUAUCCAUAAACCGAAAGUUUCUGCAGACCAGCAUGCUAGCUCAGAAUCUGAGUCUGAGUAUGAGUUGCCAAGUGCCAGAGAUAUAGCCGAGCGACUUCUUAAUCAACAGCAAGGACAAGGAAAGGAGCAUGUACAAAAAGACGGUGGCGAUGACGAUGCUAUGGAUACCAUUUCUAUCGGAUCCAAUGCAGAUUCCGAAGCAGAGGCAGAGUUUCGCGAUGCUAUGACUGAUCGAUUAGCUGCAGUUUUCGAGCGUCUUGAAGCCAAAGCCAAAAAAAGGGAGGAAGACGAGGAACAAGUGAAUGCGAGUGGAUAUAUAUCCGAUGAAGAAGACUCGCGAGACAAAGAUGUAGACACCACCGUCCGAUCCGACGAGGAUAUGGAUGCUUCCAACGAGAUUGAGGAGACGAAUCCAGAUAAGAACGAUAAAGACGUGGCAAACGAAGAGCAGCCCAUACAAGUGGAUAACAAUUUGCAAGAGCUAACAGAUGAAAGUCUGCCAAAAAGCGGAGACCUCAUUGGCUGGAACGAAGAAAUGCGCAGCUUCUACAAUGACAGUUGGAAUGGGGAAAACUUCUCUGUUCACAAGGUCCAAAGAAUGAUGUCAGGUAAUCGCCACGAGUGGAGGAUCAACACCGCGGAUAGAUAUCCGGUCGCACGACCCCGCUCCCAUGCCAAGUGCACCAACUGCUUUGAGAUGGGACACGUUCGAUCAAAGUGCCCGCGUCCCCGCAAGCCACUUCUUUGUUUCAUUUGCGGAACCGUGGGUCAUACCGAGCCCCGCUGUCCCAAUGCCAUUUGUUUUGGGUGCGGAUCAAAGCAGGAAAUUUACGUGCAGCAGUGCAACAAGUGCUCCUUUCACAGCCGCAUGGUCUGCCAGCUGUGCAAAAUGAGAGGACACGGCAUGGAUCACUGUCCGGAUAAGUGGCGUCGCUACCACUCUACGACUCGGCCAAACACUGAGCUGGAUAGCCGGGUACAGUAUAGGAACGUACAGUGCAGCUACUGCGCCGGUCGCCAUUCUUUCGAGAACUGCCGACAGCGGAUUGGUGACUUUCGUAACACGAACUAUACAAGCCAGAUUAUGUCACACCAAAAGAUCUACAAGAAUCGCGGUGGCCCGAUAGGUUUUCUUGGAGAUUCAAAAUCCUUUUUUGCGAUUGAAACUCCCUUCCACUUUAAGUGGAACAGUCCGAGUAUGCCGAAAAAUUGCUAUUAUUCGAGGUUCCUUGUCAAUGCAAAUUUGGCAAAAGUCCAGUCAGUGAAAAGAAAGUCAACUACUGCAUUAGCGGAGAUUCCAGUAAAGAUGUAUGCCCAUGAAUAUGAGCUCAAUGCUCAGGUGAAGGCAGCUCGAGGGGAGGUAUCCACUGGAACGGCUAAGAAACCGCUCACAAAACAAAAGCCAGUUGUCGAGACAAUCGCUGAGAACCGAACCGCGGAGAAGCCAAUUGGAAAGCUGAAUCGUGAAGAGGAAAAAUCUGAACAUGUGCAAGAUAUCGUACCGGAAGUGGAGCAAUCUCAAGACGAGCUGCUUGUGAAGGGACAACCUACUCAAAGCCAACCCGAUGAAGAGCUACCCAUGAAGGAUGCCGAUCAAGAAGCACCAUCGUCCUCUGUGCAGCGUGAAGAGAUUACCACCAAUUUUGACAAUCCACCAAAGGAACCUGGCCUAAGUAGAACACCAUUGGCGCCCCAUGAGUUAGACUCGGAUUCGAAUUACAGUUUCUCCGAGCACUUCGAACUGCCCAGCUCGACAACAACUGAUGGUCAACCCAACAGCCCACUUCCGCUCGUCCGUCCCAUGGGCUCUCUACCCGAUGUCAUUUCUCUAAGUAAUGACGAUUUUGAACUAUCCUCUAACGUCCAGGGAAUUUCCAUGUGUGUCAACUCCAGAAGCACUGACGAAACGCCCGAUCCGGACUCCAGUGAAGAGCUGCCAGAUGUUCCAAGCGAGGGCAAAAUCAUCAUGGCGCGCGAACAAUCCGAGUACCUGUUCAGUCACGAGGGCCGAACUUUUCUGGCGGAAACCGCCAAACAGUGUCAUGUUAGCGUACGCAUGGACUUUAAGGACUACGGUUAUGUCCUGGUGAUAUAUGGCCUUAAAAAGCACCAGGAAGAGUUUCAAGUGAAAUUGCUUCGACGCAGUCAGGAAGUCAAGCGCAAGAGCAUCGAGUUCCAAAGUCAGAAACCCCCCAAACGUAUUGAUGUGCUUAUCCGCUUUCUGCGGGAUGGAAUCAACAGUCUGAACACCAAUCUAGGAAACGCCAAGAGCCACUAUCUGCGCAUCAAGGAGCUAGAGGGGAUGAACACUAAAAACGGUUUUAAGAUGGCAGAAAAAAAGCGCCGCCAGCUUAACAUGAUCCUCGUAGGCCAGGCGGGACUCCUUAAUGGCAAAACACAUCUCGAUCAAUUGCUGGUCUUAUUGCGUCGCCUCAUCGAUGACUUCUCGCCGGAUGCGAACGCCACGACACAGUUGCGCAAUGAGAUCGAGGACCAUUGGCGAAUGAUCUUCACAUCAUAUCCGCACCCGAAUUACGACUCUCUGCUCAACAGCUAUGGACGUUUGGAUCAAAAGAAUCGCUUGCCCUCGUUGCACAUAGAUCCUGUGCUGCUGGGACUGCAACAAAAGAAACAGCAGAGUCAGACGCAAUCGCCUAGUAAGCGGCCACCAUCGCCAACACCUCUUCCACCAGUUUGGCAGGACAUGGCCCCACCACCACCUCCUAAAAUGUCAAAGAAGAAGCAACGUCAAGCCCUGGAGCAGCAACAGCAAACACAAAAUCAACAGCAGCAGCAAACACAAAAUCAACAACGGCAGCAGCAACAGCAACGUCUGCAGCAGCAACAUGAAAACCAGCAGCAACGCUUGCAGCAGCAGCAGAAGCACCAGCAGCAACGUCUACAACAGCAACACCAGCAGCAACGUGUGCAACAGCAACGUAUGCAACAACAGCAGCAGCAGCAAUACAACAACCAAUGUCAGCAGAAUCUACGACGUCCACAGAUCGACCAGAUGCCCUACAAUAAUCACCAGCAACGAUCGCGAUCCGAUCUUCAGCUGUGGCAGACUAUUAAUCCGGAGUGUGACCGUCUGUUGAAUGAAAUGGAUCACAAUCAACCUGGCAGCAUCAACAUGGACGCCAACAAACCGUCCAUGUUCUGGUCACGCGAAUCGAUAAAGUACCUCGAUGAUCUUUUCAGGAUGACCUCCAACACGGAGACCGUAGAGCGGCUGAAACGAGUGCUCCAGCGAUCGCAGCGUGGUCUGCUGUCGCACAACGAUUACCGUGCGGUCAUUCGACUGCAUUCACUAAUGUGCAACUGAGGAUUAGCGGGUCAUGGGACUUAUUUCCUCGUGGGUCACCUUCAUUUUGUUUAACAAAUGCCAACAGAUUUCACAAUGGGUAUCUGAAAGAUAUUACCCAAAAACCGAAUAAAUACAUAACUGACUAUUUUGAAAAAA